UCUGUUGCGAAAAGAUAUGGCAGACGAGCAAAUUAUUUCAAAUACAUCAUCGCGCAAUCCUGUAACUCUUGACGGGACUAGAUGAGUUCUUGUAGAGCCGCUGCGAGUGUCUUUUUUAUCCUUUCUUGCCGAGCCGACUCCCCCUACCUCCUCCUCCGCUUGCAGAAUUGUAUAAAGAACAAAAAUCGGACUGGGGAGGGGGGUUGAUACGCUGAAGCUGAAAUCGAGAGGCGAACCCAGGAAAGAGGAGUAUUUUGUACACGGGACUUUCCCCCCCUUCGUCCCUAAAAAGGAGGGGGAAAUGUCAUAUUUUUAAAAGCGAUAUUUUUAAAAUCGAGGAUUACGAAUAGGCUUACGCGCCUAUCUCGGAGGUUAUAUAUUUUAAUUCGUUAAAAAAUAUGGCCGAGAACGUUCUGGACUCUGGCCCGCCUUCAGCCAAGAGGCCUAAACUGUCCUCCCCGGCACUAUCUGCCUCAGCCAGCGAUGGAAACGAUUUUGGCUCGCUUUUUGACCUGGAGCAUGACCUUCCAGACGAGCUGAUCAGUUCCUCAGAGCUGAGUCUAGAAAAUGGAGGGGACCUUGGCCAGUUGCAUGGCAGUUUGGGUAGUGGGGGCGGGGCCAUUGGAGGAGUUGUGUCCAGUGGCCAGGAUGCAGCGGCCAAGCACAGGCAGCUGUCGGAACUCCUUCGGCACGGACCCGCACCUGCAGGACCGCAGCAGGGUGCGAUGGGCGGCCCAGCAGGAGCCUCAAUGGGACUUUUUGGGAAUUUGAAGGCUUCUCCGGGUACCCAGGGCAUGGGCCCCCAAGGGCAGCAACAUCUUUCCCCACAACAGGCUGCCCUUAUGCAACAGCAGCAGAUGGCAGGGAUGGUGGGCAACAUGAACAGGAAUAUGCUCGGAUCUCUGAAAGGCAAUGGACAGCAGCAGCCUGGAGGGCCCGUACCGCAGCAGCAAAAUAUGCUGGGAGCACAGAUGAUGAACGGAUCGCCCAGAAUAGGACAUCACAACCCGGGCAUGGGCAGCAACAGUAACCUGUUAGCAGAGGCUCUUCAGCAGCAGCAGACAGUAGGAGGCCAGGGUGGACUGAGGGCACAGCAACCUGGAGCAAUGAACAAGAUGGGGAUGAAUGCAGGUUCAGGCCCCUAUGGAGGCCCAUAUGGUCAGCCUGCCAGUCAGGGUCUGGGUGUUGCAGGGCUGGCCCCUCAGCUCCAGAACAAAGUAGGUCUGUCCAACAGUCCGGCCCAGUUUAACCUUGACAAGAAACCCCAGCCUAUGCAGGGCAUACCUGGCAUGCAGGCUACUCAGCUCUCCCCAGCGGGCGCUGCCGGAGGCACGGGGGCAGGCGGCAUGGUGCCUAACGCCCAAGGAACUCUCGGCCCCGGAUCAGGUGCAUCAGCCGUGUCUGCAGCAGCGGUGGGAGGUGUUCCUCCUGCGGCUGAUCCUGAAAAACGCAAACUCAUACAGCAGCAGCUGGUGCUUUUGCUCCAUGCCCACAAGUGCCAGCGGAGGGAUCAGGCCAACGGGGAAGUACGGCAGUGUAACCUGCCCCACUGUCGCACCAUGAAGAACGUCCUCAACCACAUGACGCACUGCCAGGCUGGCAAAUCUUGCCAAGUGGCGCACUGUGCCUCUUCCAGACAGAUAAUCUCUCACUGGAAGAACUGCACGCGGCAUGACUGCCCUGUAUGUCUACCUUUGAAAAAUGCAGGAGACAAGAGGAAUCAACAGACUCUGCUAGGCACUGCAAGUGUGGGGUUAAGUUCUUCUUUGGGUAAUGUAACUGGUGGUUCGCCCAGUGCCUCCAAUCUCAAUACCCAAGGGCAGAUAGACCCCAGCUCCAUCGAGAGGGCUUACGCAGCCCUGGGCCUAACAUACCAGGGAAACCAGGCUUCCCCUCAGCCUGUCCAACAAUCACAACGGGCAAUGAACAGCAUGGGAGCGAAUUCCAUGGGAGUAAAUGGGGCCGUGGGUGGUCAGUCUCAGAAUCAGCAAUCUAACCUUCUCCAGGAUACAAUGCUGCAUCUGAACAUGAACUCACAGAGUCUGAUGAAUGACAAUGCUGUGGGUGGUGUGGGGUGUAUGCCUAUGGCCAACCCAGCGGCUAGUGCUGGCAUGAGGAAGAAUUGGCAUGAGGACAUAACCCAGGAUCUACGCAACCACCUGGUCCACAAACUAGUCCAAGCCAUUUUUCCCACCCCAGACCCAGCUGCACUGAAGGACCGGCGGAUGGAGAAUCUAGUGGCCUAUGCGCGUAAAGUUGAGGGGGAUAUGUAUGAGUCUGCUAACAGCAGGGCGGAGUAUUAUCACCUGCUGGCAGAGAAGAUCUAUAAGAUCCAAAAGGAACUGGAAGAGAAGCGAAGGACGCGGUUACAGAAGCAGGGCAUGAUGCCCACUGGGAUUGGUCAACCAGGGCCACCCACAGGACUGCCUACUAAUGGUCCUCUCUCAGAUCAUUCGAUGGUGCGGCCUGCUGGUCCAAACCAGAUGAUGAACAGGAUGCAGAAUGCUGCUGGCAUGAAUCCAUUUGGGAAUCAUAUGGGAAUGCAGUCCAUGGGCCAGAGAUCUACACCUCCUCUUCCACUCAACACGACUCUUAACCAGGGAAGCAUGGGCACUGGGAGGAUGCCACAACCAAAUGUUGCACAGAUGCAAAAUCAGUACAUGCAACCAGGACAGUUUCAAGGCUCAAGUCCUGUUCUUGGUGGUGGAUCUGUUGACAUGGCACACCAAGGAAAUGAUGGCGCUAUUACUCAACAGGGGCAAAUGCCUACUUUAUCAUCUUUACCAGUCGGCAGUCCUUUAGCCCAGCCUGGGUCUGCUGGUGGGGCAGGCAGCGGGUCCUCGGGUCCCAACAGCAUAAGUGGGGUUCCUCCGGCAUCCACCCCAACACAGUCCAUCAACCUCCCCCACUGCCCGCCCGUCCACCAGAAUUCUCCUUCCCCAGCACACAGCCGUACACCCACACCCACUCCCCGCUCCCAGACACCCCAGCCCCAUACACCCGGUCUACCCCAGUUACCCCCGACCGGCAGUCAGCAGCAGUUACAUCCGUCCAGCAGUUCUGACAAUGCCAUGCAACCACAGCAGCAGACAUUAGGAGGACCUUCUCCCGCUGUUUCUCAAAGUGGCCUCUCCACACCAAAUCCCAGCCAGCAUCCCCGCACUCCAUUGUCUCAUAAGGGUUCUCUGCCAGUGGACGGCCAGGCUGCUACCCCUGCCUCCGUCAGCAGUGCAGAUGGAUCAUUUCAGCACGGUCCUUCAGACUCCACAACCCCCUUUGAGCCCAAGGUGGAGGUCAAGCAGAAAGAAGAGGAGGAGGAUGAGGAUGAGGAUGAAGAAACCAUGGUGGGAGGAAGAACUGGAAAGCAGGAAGACAUUAAAUCUGAGGAAAAGCCUGAGAUAAAGAAAGAGGAGCCAUUGAGUGAUGGUGUGCCAAUGGAGACAUCUUCCACUGCAGCUGGGGAGGACAAAAAGCCAGAGAUAAAGACUGAGCCUAAAGAAGAGGAAGAGGGUUCAGGGUCCACAGUUACCCACAGUUCACCUUCGGGAGUCCCCAACAAAAAGAAAAUUUUUAAACCAGAAGAGCUGAGACAGGCCCUGAUGCCCACACUGGAGUCUCUUUAUCGCCAGGACCCCGAGUCUCUGCCCUUCCGCCAGCCUGUGGACCCUUUAGUGCUGGGAAUACCAGACUAUUUUGACAUUGUGAAGAAUCCUAUGGACUUGUCUACUAUAAAACGGAAGCUCGACACGGGCCAGUAUCAAGAACCGUGGCAGUAUGUGGAUGACAUCUGGCUCAUGUUUAACAACGCCUGGCUGUAUAACCGCAAGACAUCCCGAGUCUACAAGUACUGCUCUAAGCUGGCGGAAGUGUUUGAGCAGGAGAUCGACCCUGUCAUGCAGAGCCUUGGCUACUGUUGUGGGAGAAAGUUUGAGUUUUCCCCCCAAACUCUGUGCUGCUAUGGGAAGCAGCUAUGCACUAUACCACGAGAUGCUGCUUACUUUAGUUAUCAGAACAGUUCACCAAAAUAUGGGCUUCUUGCUGACAGGUACCACUUCUGCGAAAAGUGUUUCAAUGAGAUCCAGGGGGAGACUGUGUCCUUGGGAGAUGACCCAUCCCAACCUCAAACAUCGAUCAACAAGGAUCAGUUUGAAAAGAAGAAAAAUGACACACUCGACCCUGAGCUAUUUGUGGAAUGUAUGGAUUGUGGUCGGAAGAUGCAUCAGAUCUGUGUUUUACACCAUGACACUAUAUGGCCAUUAGGCUUUGUAUGUGAUGGUUGUCUGAAGAAGUCUAACAAGACCCGUAAAGAGAAUAAAUAUGCUGCUAAAAGGCUUCCACAGACCAAACUAGGCAUGUACUUGGAAACACGGGUUAAUGACUUUCUGAAGCGACAUAAUCACCCAGAGUCUGGUGAAGUUACUGUUCGUGUUGUUCAUGUCUCGGACAAAGUGGUGGAAGUCAAACCAGGCAUGAAGUCUAGGUUUGUCGAUAGUGGAGAGAUGUCAGAGUCUUUCCCAUACAGAACGAAAGCUUUAUUUGCAUUUGAGGAUGUUGAUGGUGUUGAUGUCUGCUUUUUUGGGAUGCACGUGCAAGAGUAUGGCUCAGAUUGUCCACCCCCUAAUCAAAGACGAGUUUACAUAUCCUACCUGGACAGUGUCCACUUCUUUCAGCCACGCUGUCUGAGAACAGGCGUGUACCAUGAGAUUCUUAUAGGGUAUCUGGAGUAUGUCAAAAAACAAGGGUUUACCACAGGACACAUCUGGGCUUGCCCUCCUAGUGAAGGAGAUGAUUACAUCUUCCAUUGUCACCCUGCAGACCAGAAGAUACCCAAGCCCAAGCGGUUGCAGGAGUGGUAUAAAAAGAUGCUGGAUAAAGCGGUAGCAGAGCGCAUCGUGCAUGACUAUAAGGACAUCUUCAAACAGGCAACAGAGGAUCGUCUCACCAGCGCCAAAGAACUGCCCUAUUUUGAGGGUGAUUUUUGGCCCAAUGUGCUUGAAGAGAGUAUAAAAGAACUGGAGCAAGAAGAGGAGGAAAGGAAGAGGGAGGAGAACAGCACGUCCAAUGAGAGUGUUGAUACAACAAAAGGUGACAGCAAAAAUGCCAAGAAAAAGAACAACAAGAAGACAAGCAAGAACAAGAGCAGUUUAAGCCGAGCCAACAAAAAGAAGCCGGGGAUGCCAAAUGUGUCCAAUGACCUUUCACAGAAACUCUAUGCCACAAUGGAAAAGCACAAAGAGGUGUUCUUUGUUAUCCGGCUGAUUGCAGCACCCAAUUCCAAUGCUCUCCUACCCAUUGUUGACACGGAUCCUUUGAUGGCGUGUGAUUUGAUGGAUGGUCGUGAUGCCUUCCUAACACUUGCACGGGAUAAACACCUGGAGUUUUCUUCAAUGCGGCGCUCCAAAUGGAGCACUAUGUGCAUGCUGGUUGAACUGCACAACCAGAGCCAGGACCGCUUUGUGUAUACCUGCAAUGUGUGCAAGCACCAUGUUGAAACUCGCUUCCAUUGCACUGUGUGUGAGGACUUUGAUCUCUGCAUCACUUGCUACAAUACAAAAGGUCACGAGCACAAGAUGGAGAAACUGGGCUUAGGGUUGGACGACGAAAGCAACAGUCAAGCUGCUUCCUCAACGCAGAAUCCUGGAGACUCACGGCGUCUCAGUAUUCAGCGGUGCAUCCAGUCUCUAGUGCAUGCUUGCCAGUGCCGCAAUGCCAACUGCUCACUUCCAUCUUGUCAGAAAAUGAAACGUGUAGUUCAACAUACCAAAGGCUGCAAGCGCAAAACCAAUGGUGGUUGUCCUAUUUGCAAGCAGCUCAUUGCACUCUGUUGUUACCAUGCAAAACACUGCCAAGAGAACAAGUGUCCUGUGCCAUUCUGCCUCAACAUCAAGCAGAAACUGCGACAACAACAGCUCCAGCACAGACUACAGCAGGCCCAGAUGGUGCGUAGAAGAAUGGCCAGCAUGCAAAGGACAGGCCAGCAGCUUCCAGGAGGCAAUGGUGGGCUGCCAUCUCCUGGGAACAGUAGUACUACUGGUCCGAGCACACCAACACCAAGCAGUCAGCCUCCUACCCCACAGACGCCUACUCAGCUAUGCCAGCCUCCAGCAACUCAACCUGGGGUUGGAGGUGUUCCAUCAAAGCAGCAACAGCAGUUGGCAGGGAUGGCCCAUCAGUACCAGCAAAUGCCUGGUAGUGGUGGGAUGAUGAACUCCCUGCAACAGCCCAUGAUCCCACAGCAACAGCAGCAAACAUCUGUUCAGCAUCUUCAGCAUGCCAACAACCUUCCUCCAUAUGUACAAAGACCUCCAGGCUCCUCUCCACUCUCUCAGUCAAUGGGAAAGCCAGGAAUGGUGCCAGGCAGCUUCCCUCAACAGCAACAGUCGAGUCUAGGGCAGCCUGUAUUGCAGCAACAUCAGCAACCAGGCCCUCCACCUGCUGCAGUUGAAAUUGCCAUGAAAAUUCAACGAGUCGCAGAGACUCAACGGCAAAUGGCUCAGCAAAAGAUCCUGCAAAGAAACCAAGCUCCUGGCAUGAUGCCUCCACAUGGCCUGCAUCAGGGUCCCCAGACACAAAGCCAGAUGGGCAUGAACCUUCCUGCAGGUGCAAUGGUUGGACCUCAGGGAAUUCCAUCCCAGACACAAGCAGCAGUGGCACGAACUCACAUGGAUCAGCAGCAGGGAAUGAUUACAACAGGCAUGCAGCAGCACCAGCCAGGAGCUCAGACUCAGCUCCCUCAAGUCCAGUUGCAGCAGCCCCAGCAAGGAGCACCCCAACUUCAGGGGGCGCCACAGCAGCCGUGGACUGGUCCUGGCAUGCCUCCUCAGCAAAGACCUGGGGUAAUGAACCAAAUGGGUCUGCAAGGAAUGGUUGCACCUCAGCAACAGCAGCAGCAAGCAGUUGUUCAACAGCAGCAACAAGGGCAUUCAGGUCUAAUGGGUAUGAUGAGUGGCCAAGGAGGGGCCGCACUUGCAGGCGCUGGCCCUGGAAGUCACUCUCAGGCUGCCUUAAUGGAACUCGUAAAAACCUUAAGGUUACCCAACUCUCCCCAUCAACAACAGCAAGUCCUGAAUAUACUACGUUCAAACCCUCAGCUCAUGGCAACCUUUAUCAGGCAACGAGCUCCUAGGUACCUUGGUCGAGGAGGGCCUGGAGCAGGAGGUGUGGGUGUACCUGGAGGACCCGGUGGAGGUCCAGGAAUUAUCGAUGGCCAGCAAAUGAAUGCCAAUCCUGGGGCAGUUCAAGGAAGUAUGCAUAUGGCACAAGGAAAUAGUAUGCCAAUGAAUCAGCUUCAGCAGCAGCAGCAACUUCAACAGCGGUCUAUGAUGAGUGGAAAUUUGCAGCAACAACAGCAAAUGGCAGCAUUACAGCAACAACAGCAGCAGCAACAACAACAACAACAGCAGCAGCAACAACAACAACAAGGUGUUAUGCCCAAUCAGGGUGCCAACAUGUCUAACAUCUCCCCCCAGUUCAGAGAAAUGAUGAGGCGGCAACUGCAGCAGCAACAACAACAAAUGCAGCAGCAACAACAACAACAACAACAACAACUGCAGCAGCAACAACAACAACAACAACUGCAGCAGCAGCAGCAACAACAACAACUGCAGCAGCAACAACAACAACUGCAGCAGCAGCAACAGCAACAUAUGGGAAACCAUGCUCAGUUUCAGCAUCCUCAACCACCCCAACAGCAGGGUUAUCUUGGCCAGUCUGGAAUGCCCUCACAGCAGCCUGGUCAACCUCAGCCUGGCGGACUUCAACAGCAGCAGGGAGGGACCCAGCCUGGGACCCAGCAAAACUACUCUGGGUCUGUGUCCCAUCAGCAGGUUGCAGCUGCUUUGCAACAGAGACUGCAGCAUCAGCAACUCCAAAUGCAGCAGCAGCAGCAGAGUGCUAUGGCAGGACUUCAAGGUUCUGAUGGUGGUCCUGGAGGCGGUGGUUCCCUCCAGCAGCAACAGAUGCAAUCCGCUCCUAUGGGUUCACAAUCUCCGGCCAUGCUUCAGCAAGCUUUGCAGCAACGGAUCCUCCAGCAGCAACAGUCACACCUUGGAGGAGGAUCUCCUGCUCAACACAAUCCCAUGAGCCCUCAGCAGCCCCAGCAACAGAUGUCCCAGUCUCCCCAUUUGCAGGGCCAGCAGUUGCCUAAUUCCCUAAGCAACCAAGUCCGCUCGCCCCAGCCGUCGCCUCGGCCCCAGUCACAGCCGCCAAACUCUAGUCCAUCUCCUCGCUUGCAACCUCAGCCAUCACCUCAUCACAUCUCGCCCCAGACCCAGACCGGGUCGCCUCACCCAGGUCACCAUCCUCAGCAUCACAGCGGCAUGGCUGCUGUGCACCCUCCACAGCAACAAGCGCUGACAUCCCAACAGCAGCAACAGGCUAAUGCGAUGGACCAGGGCUCAUUUGGAGCAGACCAGAGUGCCAUGCUUUCACAGCUAGGUGGGAUGGGAGCCUUGCAUGGGCAAGGGACAAAUGACAUGAUGACAAAUAACCAAGAUAUGGGCUCGAACAUGAAUCACUCGUUAGAUUUGAUGUAGUGUUGCAGGUCUCAAAGAACUGUCCUGAUUGCCAGAUUUUGGUAGCAGAUCUAGGAUUUACAAAGGUUGUCAUCGAUAGUAUUAUUAUUACUAUUAUUAUUAUUAUUUAAUAUUUUUCUUAUGUAAUUGAAAAGAACUGAACUUCCUAUGGGAGAUACUACAUGUGCAAGUCAACAAAUUAAGUUAAAUGAAUGGUAAGUUAUUGCUGUUAAUAUAUAAAAAUAUAUAAAUAUAUUUUUUGCCAAUUGUGUUCAAAGGGGUUUGGGUUAAGGGAUGGGAAAUAUUUCCUCUUGGUAUAUGACCAGAAAUAUUUUUGGGGUGAAGAAGUCUGCCUUUUUUAUAGAUAUUUUUUAAGAUUUUAAAAGUGGCAUGAAAUUAAAAAGCAAAAUGCGUAAACAAAAUUGACUAUUUUGUUUUCUUUUUCCUCUAAAUAGUCAAAAAUGUCAUCAGUUUUGGAGAGUAUUAGAAUUAUUCUCACAAAUGUAAAGAUUAUGAUGGCAUUGGUAAUAACUGUUAUUUAUUACUCAGCUCUUUUGGUUGGCUAAUAGAUAUUUUCUUGUUCUUUUGUUUUGGACAGUUGAUGGCAUAUGCUAUUUGAAUCUCCUACAAUUCUUGAAGAGUAUAUUUUUGUUAGUGAUAGAACCUGACUAUAAAUGGAUGAAUUUAUAUUCUUUAUUUUUAUUUUUUUUAUUUGCUUUUUUGAGGGGUGGUUGGGGCCUAAAUGAAGUUUUGAUAGUGUUUGGGAAACGAUAAUGUGUUUUCUGAUGGCUUGUUGCAUGGGAAAUAUCUGUCCUCCUAUGCAUGUCGCAGUUUUCCCACCCUCAUACACCCUGUCCUAUGAAUGUUUUCACAAUGCCCUCCUCCUCAGUAAUGGAACCUGAUUAAUACUACAUGUGUGCGUAGGACAGUGCAGCGAUCUCUACUGAGAAGACCAAAUGCUGAUAAGGGAUUAUGGAUUUUGCAAAUAAUCACCUUGAACUACCCUCUUCCAUCGACUCCAAGUCCUCUUUUUUUUCUCCCCGUCUCUCCAGUAAGGAAUUGUUGUUCUGACUCUUCACGCGCAUCUCUAGUGUUCUGAACUUUGGGAUUUAAGUGAUCUCCUUAAUGUAUAAAGAAAAUUCUGAACUGAAAAUAAAUUACUGAAAAUGAAAUGUCUUUGUAAAAAUAUAUACACAUAUGUGUGAAUGGAGGUAAAUGGACAGAUGUUUCUUCUUGAUUCAAGAUGCUUUGAGCUGAAGAACUAUGGGCAGCUUACACUUAACCUGUGAGAUUUUUAUACAUAAAUGGAGCUCAAAUCAGACAAGCACCAAUGCGCCUUUGUAUGUUUACUUCAUUACAAGGAUUUCAUUAGUGUGUACUAAACCAACACUGUCUGUCAUAUCUUCAUCCUGUGCACAAAUACAGAAAGGAAGAGACAAAUAGUUUUAGAUAAGGGAGUGGAUGGUCUUUUUGAUGGUAUAUGACAAUAACCUAUAAAUGAAUUGUUUUCUCUUGGUUAAAGGGGUGCUGGAUGAUUACACACAACAGAGGCAAUACGGCGUUAAGACUUAUUUUAUAAAAAUGAGGAGAACAAUAUUUGUUUUAUAAAUAUAGAUAUAUAGAUAUAUUUAAUUUUAUUUUUGAGAAUAAAAAACUUGAAGCCAAUUCAAGAGUUGAUAUUGAAUUACACUUUUUCAAAGAUAUUGAUGAUGCAACAUGACACUGCUGUUAUACCAUAUACAUCCAUCUUUGGGAAUAAUGAGUAAUAUGGCAUUUUGAGGAAAUGUCUUGUGAGUGUGUAUAGAGGUAUACAGAUUAUGAUUCACUGUACUACAAACCAUGGCAAAUUUGCUUUGAUCUGUAAGUUUAUUUUGUUAUUCUUUUCUAAAAGACGGACUGGAAAACCAAUCGUAUAGUUUUAUGGAUCCUAGUUUUGACCACUUUUCUCUUGCUAACACUUUGGUGCUUGCUGAGAGGAGCAAAAACUGUUGCUCUGACUUCAGUAGUUUUACUGUUUGUUUGUUUUGCUGUUCUUUUUUAAAUUUAUUAUGGUGGUCAGACGUUUUGCCAAUUAUUUAAUUGUACAUUAAAAUAUGUUUGCACCAUUCAAAAAUAA